UGUCAGAUUUUCGUCAUACUAUUUCCUUGCUGGUAUGCCUCAGAAAUGCAAAAUAAGAGUGAGAAAAUACCACUAGCGGCAUUUUACAGUUCCUGGAUAGAUGCCUCCAAUUCUGUGAAGAAGGAUUUGAUAUUUUUUCUUGCGAACGCCCAAAAGCCACUAAAAUUUUACGCAGUAGACUUCUUUGACGUUUCUAUCGGCUCUUUCUUACGAGUCAUGAAGACAGCGUUUUCUUAUUAUACAAUGUUGUAUAACGUGAACAAGAAGAAUUCAGUGCAUGCCGAAUAA